AAUCGAGUAGAUAUAAAAGAGAUCGAUUGAUCCCUCGAUUUGCGUGUGCGUAUCGCAUUUUGAAAUCGAAGAAAAUUAAAAUAGAGGAUAUAUCCAGCACACGUAAAGGAGAAUAAACGAAGUCUCUCGAUUCGCUCGGUCGACGAACGUCCCGUCGGAGAAUUUUUUAACGAUAACUGACCGUGAAAAAUGGACAUCGAGAUGGGUGGCAGAACGACGAGUAAACCCAGCGAGGAACUGGCGAAGAGACGAGUGUCGAUCAGCGAUCAAGUAAUCGGAAUCGACAAUCCUGCCUUCGAGCACCACCGGCGCAUCAGCGCUAGUUCGGAGCAUAAUUCAGAUCAGGGUAGGCGGAAAUCAAUCUUGCAUCACGGUAGUCACUGCGAGAGCAUGGAGAAUAUUCCGCAAUACAAGCUCGAUCUGGAGAACGGCAGGAUCAACGGCAACAGAAAGAAAUCGGCGUACAGCCUAUCCAGCUCGAUCAGAGACAAAAUCGAGUAUUCCGAAGAACUCAAGAGAUCGUGGCUGUAUCUAUUCUGCGCGCGAUGUCAUGGUCGCGACGACACUCCAUCGUGGGAGCCACCAGGAUGGAGAAAAGCAUGCCCACAGCCGUUCUGUCCAACGUACAGAAAAUUCGCUCGAGUUGUGUGCCUCUUUCUUCUGGGUUUGUUGCUCUGGGGUGUAGUCUAUUCGAUAAUCGGCAAUGACGCCGCCCCAGGUGGCCAGCUGUUCGGAUUGGCCGCUGUGUGUAUCGCCGCGCAUUUUGGAGGUUGGUUGUUCUCUUUGACCACCCUUCCGGCCUUGAUUGGUAUGCUGAUUACUGGUUUAAUAUUGCAAAAUGUCGGGCUCGUCAAAAUCGAAGGACAAUAUACAGUGGUGAUCGCUAAUCUACGGAAAAUCGCCCUAGUUAUUAUACUCGUCAGAGCAGGCUUGGACCUCGAUCCGGUCGCUCUAAAAAGGUUAAGACUCACCGUACCGAAAUUGGGUUUAAUACCAUGGGUGGUGGAAACCGUGGUGGUCGCCGUGUUAAUGAAAUACCUCUUGGAUUUGCCAUGGGUAUGGGGUUUCCUCCUAGGGAGCGUCAUAGCAGCAGUCUCGCCAGCCGUCGUGGUGUCUUGCCUCUUCAGAUUACGUGCAAAGGGCUACGGAGUUGCCAAGGGUAUUCCAACUCUGAUCAUCGCGAUAGCAGGAAUCGAUGAUGCAACGUCUGUCGCAGUUUACGGUAUCGUGAAGAGCGUCAUGUUUUCUCACGAUGCGUUGUGGUACCAGAUCCUUCAAGGACCUAUUGCGAUUAUUGGUGGUCUGGGAUUCGGCAUCAUGUGGGGCUGGUUGGCCAAAUACGUGCCGGAAAAGGGUGAUCCCUUCAUGGUGCCUCUAAGGGUGCUGAUGUUACUCGGGGGUGGCCUGCUGGCGGUUUUCGGUAGUGAGGCAAUUGAGCUCGGUGGUGCCGGACCGCUUGCGGUCGUGGCUGCAGCUUUCGUCAGCUGCUACUUUUGGCAACAAGAAGGUUGGGACGUGGACGAUAAUCCGGUAGCUACGUCUUUCGAGAUCUUCUGGAUGAUAUUUGAACCAAUUUUAUUUGGCAUUACCGGCACACAAAUCAAGAUUAAUGAGCUCGAAGGAAAAACCGUCUACCUCGGACUAGGUUGUUUAGUUUGCGGUAUUGUCAUACGUAUCGGAGCAACGAUAUUGUUUGGGAUCGGUUCUAAGCUGAAUCUCAAAGAGAAAGUGUUCAUUGCUUUGGCUUUGAUGUCUAAGGCAACCGUGCAGGCCGCUCUGGGACCCGUUACCCUCGAUGAAGUCAACAAGGAUGAUCAACAGCAAGUCGGAUACGCCGAGAUAGUGCUGAUGAUGUGCGUACUCUCGGUACUUCUAACCGCACCAGCAGGAGCCAUUAUGAUAACACUCUUAGGACCAAAGCUGCUGACGAAGACCACUACGCCGGUUAGCCCGCUGGAAGCUUGGAAAACGCGCAGACCAUCGAUUCGUGACAUUUCAAUCAUCAAUGAGGAUCCGGAUCUAGAGGAGACCGCGAACGAGAGAAAGCCCUGACAAACGUAUUUAAUUUGCAUUCAAAGCCAAGUUAAUAGGAGUUUGUCCUUAUUUUCUGGUAUUCUGAAAGUGCCUGAACGUGACUUUAUUUUAAUUAUUAUCUGACACACGACUUAAUGACUAAAAGUUUAUAUCUAUGAUCACCGAUGAGAUAUU